UGUCGGCUACACACGUGUAAUACGUAGCCUACUAUUGUUUUGAAAGUGAUAGUCUAAAGUUAUGGCUCCCCCAGUAGUAAUCAAGAAAGAAAAAGUUGAUGAACCUAGACCAAGUUCAUCUGCUGAUGCAGGUGAAGGACAAACUGAAGCCGAAAUUGAGCGUCGUAUGCUAGAACUCAUGGGAGAAUUUCCCAAAGGUAUCAAUGACAAGAUACUAGAAACCGAUAUGCCAAAUGUUGACAAAAAAGUUAAAGUUGCUAUUCUAAAUCGGUUGCUGAGCCAAGAAAAAGUGAAUAUCUUCAGAGCUGCUGUGACAAAAGAACUGUUUUGGUGCUUAAAACAGCAACCUACUAGUAAACUUAAGGGAGUAGACAGCGAAGAAAAAAUUGUGAUGAGGAUUAUUGAAGAGGCUGGAAACAAAGGGAUUUGGAAUAGAGAUAUUCGCACUAAAUCCAGUCUUAAUCAAACAACACUGAACAAGAUACUCAAGGCCCUUGAAGGAAAAAAACUAAUCAAAUCUGUAUCAUCUGUCUCAGCCGCAAAGAAAAAGGUUUAUAUGCUAUUCAACCUACAACCCGACAGAUCAGUCACCGGAGGUUCCUGGUAUUCAGACAAUGAAUUUGAAUCAGAGCUGGUUGAUGUCUUGAAUCAGCAAUGCUAUAGAAUUCUGCAACAGAAGGCUGAAGGGGCUAAACAAAAACCUCUGGAAGGGCCUUUAGUAGUACGCAACGCUUCUUUUCUCUCAUCCAAAGAGAUUUGUCAAAUUAUUUCAGACCUUAAAAUAGUGAAAUUUAAUUUGACGGUCGAGGACAUUGAAACGAUUCUCGAUACGCUCGUAUACGACGGAAAAAUUGAAAUGUCUACCACAAGUGAUGGAUAUUCCGAUGGACAAGUAAAAACAUAUAGAACUGUUGAAAAACUCCUUUCUUCUGCAGGAAUUGUCCGGAUUCCCUGUGGAGUUUGCCCAGUUAUUAAGAUGUGCGGAACUGUCGGUGCAGUUCAACCGAAGACUUGUGUUUAUUAUGACCAAUGGUUGGAUUAAAAGAACACAGGAAAUAACCUGAAGGAGUAUUUUGGUGUUUACAUCAAAUUUCUUUCAACAUAACCUGAUGGAAUAAAUUAUGCAUUAAGUAUAAA